AUGCUCUUCACACAAUUUGCCCUGGCUGCUGCCACCCUCGCGGCCGGCUCCCUCGCAGCUCCUAGCGAAUUCUAUCUCAAAACCACUGGCUCCAACAUCACUGCCCACAACAACCUCUACGUCGAAGCCUACCACACGGGCGCCGGUCUGGGCGAUCCCGUCUUGACCACUGUUACUGCAAAUGCCGGCCACUUUUACCUGAACGAGACAUAUCUGCAGAUGGAUAUUGGACAAGAGUAUACUUAUGGCUUUGAUGUUGGCGGUGCCACCAACUAUGCUGCAUGGGAAUUUGUCGAAAUUAAUGCAGGACAGGGAGUGUCCGGCUUCGAGUUGGAAAAUAACAACACGCUGACCUGGAACAGCACUGAAUUCGGUGGAUGGCUCGCAUGCGACUGGUGGCACGGAGCACCACAACUCUUCUGGCUCAUCGCUUAUGAAGAGGGUGAUAUCUCAUACCCCUCCUCGUGUAGCGAGGUCGACCUCAUUCCAGCGGCUAUUAGUUCUUGA